AAAUUAAAAACAUUUAAUGAAACGAUUCUUACUCUUGAAACCAUCUAUUUCACCUACGAAUUCCCCACAAAAAACAUUAAUAGACACACAGUCUUCUAUAGAAUCUCGUAUAGAUUUCAUUGAUCAAAAAUUAUCACAAUGUGAAAAAGAUAUACGAGAUUUAUUAAAACAAAAUCUUUCCAACAAUGUCUUACAAACGAAAGCAUUGGUUUUUCUUAAACGAAAAAAAAUGCUGGAGGAACAAAAACAUCAACUUUAUGAAAUACUCUUAACGGUGGAUCGAGCGUCAACACAACAAAUCUUACUCAAUACAACUCUACAAACAGCUGAAGCCUUACAAACAGAUGCUAAAAUUAUGCGCGAACAAAUGCAAAAUCUUAAUCUCGAUGAUAUUCAAACUUUACACUUUGACCUUGAAGAAGCGAAUUCCCAUCAAAAAGACGCUUUUGAUGCAUUAUGUUUUGAUAAUAUCGUUACCAAUAAUGAAGACCUUGAAAAGGAAUUUCAACAACUUUUUCAAAAACACGUCAAUACUCCACCAAAUCAACAUGUUAAACAAAAAAGUCAAUUCCCGUCGUACUAUCCAACCGAAACUUUACCUCCCAUUCCUAAUACAUCUCUUUCCUCCAUGAUGAAAAAAACGGGGUUUUUUACAAAAUAAUGAUACAGCAUAGUACUGAUGGCUUUUACACGAAUGGAGUUUUGGGCGUACAAUAAGAAUGGUUCACAAACAGCGCACCAUUUUAAAACAUCAUUUUUACUACUCUGUUUAGAGGCCGAAAAUUUUACCUUCAUUGAGGAACCCAGAUGGCUUACAUGAUAUCCUUAACAAUCGUUCUAACAUGUUAUUUUUUCUGAAUUAAUUGCUUUUGACAUGAUUUAACUACAAGAACACUUUCAAAAAGUUUUUAACCAAAACUACUGACACUCUCCCCCUCACAUUACAGUCAAAACCUUUGUCUUGUCAUUUGUAACAUUGCGUUUUUUCGAUUCUCUUCUCGUAGCUACUCCUUUUGAAGUCAAUAAACAUCUCCAUAUUAUUUUGUUUCUUUACUUUAAAAAGAAACUUAAUUUUUUAAAAAACUACAAGUCGAUGUCCUAAUUUAAUUAUGAAAAAUCUUUUAACAAAAAAAAGCUUACCUUUAUUUUUUUUUCAAUUCAUUCAACAGAAUAUAUCUUUUGUUUUCAAUAAUAAAAACCUUAAUCUACUGUCAACGUAGGGGAUUGAAUAAUUUUUUUUUAAUUAAUGAAUGAAAUCUUGAAUGCUAAUUUAAAAAAAAAUUGUUA